CGAGAGAGCGAGUCGCUUUAGGUGCCAAAUAAAGAGGCAAGUGCUCAGACGUGCCCUGCAUCUCCUCCUGUUAUUUCGGCAACCUUACAUAUUACACUUAUUACACUGUCCAGCUGCCAGUCAUGGAAAACUACUACUUUGAAUUUUAAAACAGAACACACUCACAGGAUUGGACGCCAAAUUCUUGGCACCCUGCGUAACAGGCGCAUUUGUUUGGAUUCUCUCUACGCAGAAGAAAAUCCGACUACUUUCCGUGAAUUGAUUUCCUGAAAACAGAUUUAUAGAGCUACUUUUAUGAGCUGGUAUGAGCAAUUACAGCAAAGCUGGGACACACAGUGUUAUAGUGCCGCUCCCUGAUUCAGCACCCAGUGAUGGAUAGCGCUCAUUGCGCGGAAACUGAUGGCACGGUACUCGCUCUCCUCCGGUCCAAACAGCGCUGACAGUGAGCAGAGACGGAGACUUAUCUAUGCUGAGAUCUAAAGUAAGUCAGUCAGAGCGCUGUCACUGUCAUUCCCCGCCUACAGACUUGAAAGCGGUUAUCGUGACAGUAGCUGUGAUGUGGUCCUAACGUGCUUCUCAGCUGCGAAGAUGACAGAUGUUGCUCACACUUUUCCACAUAGCGUUUCGACAGUGGACGGAAGCUGCUCCGUGCUUUCUUGUGAAGUUUUCUUUGCUGUCAAGAGGACGAAAUGGGAUCCAACCACCUGUUCUCCGCCGGGACGGCUUUUAUUUGGGCGCUACUCUUGAGUCCGGCCGCCCUCUGUGACGAGAAGACCCACUCACAUGCUGAAGAUGACCUUUUCAAGACCCUGUUCGCUGGGUACAACAAGUGGUCGAGACCUGUGCCAAACAUCUCCGACGUCGUCAUUGUCAAGUUUGGACUCUCCAUAGCCCAGCUUAUUGAUGUGGAUGAAAAGAAUCAAAUGAUGACAACCAACGUGUGGCUUAAACAGGAGUGGAAUGACUACAAGCUUCGCUGGAGACCGUCUGACUAUGACAACGUGACAUCCAUAAGAGUGCCGUCAGAGCUCAUAUGGGUACCAGAUAUCGUCCUCUAUAACAAUGCUGAUGGCGAAUUUGCUGUGACCCACAUGACAAAAGCUCACCUAUUCUACACGGGCAAAAUUCGCUGGGUGCCUCCUGCUAUUUACAAGAGCUCUUGCAGCAUUGAUGUCACCUUCUUCCCCUUCGAUCAACAAAACUGUAAAAUGAAAUUUGGCUCCUGGACUUACGACAAAGCCAAAAUUGACUUGGAGCAGAUUGAAAAUACUGUGGAUCUCAGCAACUACUGGGAGAGCGGCGAAUGGGCCAUCAUCAAUGCCGUGGGAACGUAUAAUACAAAGAAAUAUGACUGCUGCCAUGAGAUUUACCCAGACAUCACCUACUUCUUCAUCAUCCGACGUCUUCCCUUAUUUUACACAAUCAACCUCAUCAUCCCCUGUCUGCUUAUCUCAUGCCUCACGGUUUUGGUUUUCUAUCUACCGUCAGACUGCGGUGAGAAGAUCACCCUGUGUAUCUCCGUGUUGUUAUCCCUCACUGUCUUCCUGCUACUCAUCACGGAGAUCAUACCAUCCACAUCCCUCGUUAUCCCUCUCAUCGGCGAGUAUCUCCUCUUCACCAUGAUUUUUGUCACCCUGUCCAUCGUUAUCACUGUCUUUGUCCUCAACGUCCACCACCGCUCUCCCAGCACUCACAAGAUGCCCCACUGGGUCCACUCUGUGUUCCUGGACUUGAUUCCACGUUGGUUGUUCAUGAGACGGCCCGCACCGGAUGGCCGCCGUCGCAGGCUGCUGCUCCUUCAACAGGAAGCGGUGGCAGAGCGGCGCCAGCUCCGAAUAGCCGGGUAUAAAUCGGGCAACUGUAUUAGCACCUCAGCUAACUGGUUAAGAGAUGGGACCACAUUGGAAGACCCCGAGAGAAGCUGUUAUGAGGACUUGGAGCUGGGAACACUGACAUCCUAUUUCUCCUUCCGUCCUCCUUCUCCCAGACCUCCAGGGUCAACUCCUCCACCACAACAAAAAACCCCACAGAACAGCCAGAGCCGACAAGAGGUGGUGGCAGGGGGGAACAGGCACUUAACUGGAACCAGAGGUAAUUCCACUCCUCGGCCGGCUAAAGUUGACAAUAAAGUGUCACAGUCAGCUUUCCUGCUUUCACCAAGUGUCAUGCGUGCAUUAGAAGGGGUGCACUACAUUGCAGACCACCUGAGGGCUGAGGAUGCUGACUUCAGUGUGAAAGAGGACUGGAAGUAUGUUGCUAUGGUGAUUGACCGUAUCUUCCUGUGGAUGUUCAUUAUUGUCUGCCUGCUUGGGACAAUUGGUCUGUUCUUGCCACCGUGGCUAGCCGGCAUGAUUUAAGGCUUCUGGGAAAGGGUUGAAUUCACAGUCACCUCCUCUUGAAAGAUACUUUAAAGUGUAGCUGAACUCUUCUUCAAGUCGGGUAAUCUGACUCAACUUUGUGUAACUCGGUGCAACCCAGGUGUCCUCAAAAGGCCGUUGUGCUCUUUACACGUCACCAAAUAUAACUUAUGAAUAGUGGAGACAACUCUGCUAUUUUCAGAUUCUUAUUCCCAGUUGGAUAAAAAUCAACUACAAUCUACAUUUUUAAGGGAAGAUCAGACUCAGUAACCUACUGUUAGCUAUAAAGUCUUGGCUCAAGUUUCAUCUCAGAUGCACUUUGUCAGCCUCAGGUUUACUCCUUCAGCAUCAUCUGUAACAUUUCUCAGGUUGUUUUUGACCUGAAUGCAAACAUUUGCAUGUUAACAUUCACUAAAGUUAACAUGGCUGUUGAAAACUGUGCUAAUGUUGGUAUUUUAAUGUGCAAAUGUUAAUCACUUUUUAGCAUGUUAGCAUAACAUGCUAGUUAAAUAUAUAGUGCCAACGGCUGUCUUAGUAGGGUGUCACAGUGAUCAUAUUUUUCUUUCCUAUAGUUUCAGGGAUUGCAGCUUAAAACUCAACAACUUAAUAACAUUGCAUUCACUGAUAGCAGGGGGAUCAGUGAAAGCUGUUUGUCAUCUUACUGUCUUAGCAGAAGUCAAACUCUGAAUCAAACUCAGUUUAUCAUCCCAAUGUAGCUUGUUGUAAAAGGCUCAAGGAUGGAGAUUAAAACAUUAAGAAAACAAGCUUGUUUUAAAUUCGUCUUAUUUUCAUGCUCUUUCCUUCAUGGUUAUCUGUCUGUCUUUUUGUCUGACCAUUGAUAUGUCCAGAAAAUGCAUCAGCAAACAUUAGCAAUACAAGAGUGUGGACUGCUAAACCACAUGUACAAAUUCACCUUCCUGACCUUAACGCCACUGAAGGCUGUCACCUGUAAACUAAGUACUAGAGCCUAUUCUACAUUUGAGUUGUAUUUUAACAAUAUUUGUCAUGAAUCUGUUCUCUUUGAUUCUAAGCAAAGUUUUCUUUCACCACAUAUUCUGGAUGGUGGUGAAUAAUCCUUCAAGAAAUGGGCAUUCAAAUGCGAUAUACUCCUCAGUGCAUCCCUAGUCUGAUUUUAGCAGGGGUAACUGGACUGGCUGCUCCAAAGGGGAUCUUGGACAAAUGACUAAAUAUAAUCAUUUUCCAUUUAAUUUGCCACCAUUGGUCAGUGGUGAUGCUCAAAACUGCUUCAUGAAGUUUUGAAUUCAUUUGCUACUUUUUAAGGUUCCAGUCAUGAACUGAAAAAUGAAGAGCUUAGUCUGCAUUGCAAGAUUUAUUAUCAUCUACUGGAGCCAACAAAUGCAUGUAAUUUUAUCACAAUCCGUUCAAAGUGCCAUGAUACUGGUAAACCAGUGAACGUUUAAAAAAUAGGGAGAAUUAAAUAUGUAAACAAUACCAUCUGGGUUGCUUUUUAUCAGAUUAAAAGUUGUUGAUGACACUGUUCUCUUUGUGUAUGGUGGGAUGAACACCCAUUAUUAUAGACUAUGUUGGAUACACGUUGGGGUGAUUUGGUUUAGACAAAAAAUGCAUCAGCACAGGUUUUUUCCUUCUGGCGAUGCUGCAACAAUUGUAGUAUUUUUGAUUGAGCGUACUAUACAAUAAAAACCCAUGAAACAAAUUUGAAAAUUUGUCUGCACGCUGUUUACUGACCUUUGAAAAAAAACAAAAACAAUUUCUUAUACAGUAUUUUUUGUAUUCUUUUAUAAAAGAAC